AUGUCCACAUACGCUGAAGUCGCUGCUAGUGCCCCUGGUGUAUCUGAUAAUGAUAACCCAAAUUCAAAUCAAAAUUCAAACCAAAAUUUCAACCAAAAUUUAAAUAACCUUCAAAACGAUCUCCAAAACGAUCUUUCUCACGCUAAAGAUAAGUUAAGGAAAUCAAUCAACUCAAAUCUAUCUGACGAUCAAAAGAAAAAAAUCAAAGAGACUAAAUCCUCAAUUGCAAGAUUUUUCGAAUAUCUUUUCAACAAAACCUCAAAUGCUGCUUACACCAUCACUGAAGAACUUAAAAACCCCAUUGUUGCUACUCAAUCCAUUCUAACCAUAGGCGCUAUAGCUGGUGGUAUCUUUGCUUACCAUGAAAGAGCAAGGAUUAGAAGAAUUCCCGACGAUGUUCUCAAUGUCUAUGCUGCAAUCUUAACUGGUGCAGUUCUUGUGGAUGGCCUCUUGUUUAAAUCUCUCUACCCAAAAUACAAGAAGUACUAA